CGAGCCCGGACCCGACCAAUCUCCGGGAGGCGAGAAGGGGUGCAGAGGGUAGUCCACACGGGCGGCCCGGGGCAUCAGGGUGGAAUGGUCAGGAAGAUAGACGGCUCUUCGUUGAGAGCCGGGGCUCCCCUGUCCCGAGGUGCAGCGAAGAAGGGAGAGUUCCCUCGGCGAGCGCCUUUGUUCACUGCGGCCUGGUGGGCGCGAGCGCUGGGCGGCGACCACCCUAGGCCUAGCUGCCGCUUUUGUGCCGCAGGUCCAGAUUUCAGGUUGCAACAUUAUACCUACUGAUUCUUUGGUGGACUAUCAACCCCUGAAAGGUCUCUGAAGUCACAUCUAGCAUCCUGUCUGUGGCCUUUUCAGGGCUACAGUGCAUGUUCGUAGAAAGAACUACAUGGAUCAAGCAUGUGAAGCCAUAAGCAGUACUUACUGAGGAACACCAGGGUCGACNGAUUUGGAUGUGCCAAUGUCUUCAUUCUGUAGUGUUCCAGCCUUUUACCAUCCCAGAGAAAAUGUUGCUAGAAGAGAAUAUUGUGUGGAAUGAGACCUUUCUCCAUAUUUUAUGAGCAAUAUGCAUUAAGAGACGCAUCUAUUCUACAGAGCUCUAUAGCCCUGAAGAAGCAAGCAGCCAUAUACCCACAGACCAGAGAACAUGAGACUGUUCGUUAGCAGAAGAAGAGUCAAAAGAUGGAANUUUUUUCACUUUUUUGCCACUUGUUUUAUAUUAAGCUUCAUGGUUUUUUGGAGCCCAAUCAAUAAUUACGUCAUGAGCCAUAUGAAGUCCUUCUCCUACAGAUACCUCGUAAAUAGCUAUGGCUUUGUAAACAAUUCCCUGUCUCUCAAGCACAGCUCUGCNCAGCCUCGCUACCCAUACUUGAUCAACCACAGAGAGAAGUGUCAGGAUCAAGAUGUCCUCCUCUUACUGUUUAUAAAGACUNCCCCUGAAAACUAUGGCCGACGUUCUGCAAUCAGAAAAACAUGGGGCAAUGAGAACUAUGUUCAGUCUCAACUCAAUGCCAACAUCAAAAUUCUGUUUGCNUUAGGAACUCCUGGUCCACGGAAGGGAAAAGAACUGCAAAAAAGACUGAUCUGGGAAGAUCAAGUGUACAAGGAUGUAAUUCAGCAAGAUUUCAUUGAUUCUUUCCACAAUCUUACUUUUAANUUCCUUCUUCAGUUCAGCUGGGCAAAUACCUUUUGCCCACAUGCCAAAUUCCUGAUGACUGCUGAUGAUGAUAUAUUUAUCCACAUGCCAAAUCUCAUUGAAUAUCUUCAAGGGCUAGAGCAGAUUGGAGUUCGAGACUUUUGGGUUGGUCACGUUCAUCGAGGUGGCCCUCCUGUUAGAGAUAAAAGCAGCAAAUACUAUGUUCCCUAUGAAAUNUACAAGUGGCCAGCCUACCCCGACNAUACAGCUGGUGCUGCCUAUGUUGUCUCCAGAGAUGUAGCUGCCAAAAUCUAUGAGGCAUCGCAGACAGUGAAUUCCAGUAUGUACAUAGAUGAUGUAUUCAUGGGCCUCUGUGCCAAUAANGUGGGAAUAGUGCCACAGGACCAUGUAUUUUUCUCUGGGGAAGGGAAAAUUCCUUAUCAUCCCUGCAUCUAUGAAAAGAUGAUGACAUCUCACGGACACUUACAAGAUCUGCAGGACCUCUGGAUGGAGGCUACACAUNCUAAAGUAAAGAACAUUUCAAAAGGGUUUUUUGGUCAAAUAUACUGCAGGUUAGUUAAGAUAGUUCUUCUCUGCAGACUGACUUACAGGAAUUCAUACCCUUGUUGGGCUGCAUUUGCUUAGUAGUACGUGAAUGCUGUACUGUGUUAACUGUCACUGAGCCAAACUUGAAUGGAAAAUAAUAAUCUGUAAAUGUUUCCCUCUACCCUAAGUCAAAUAAAUUGAAAGCAAAGAGAUUCAUUUCAAAACCCAGUCAAACUGGUCAGUGUAACUCCAAAUUAAACUGCAGCUUAAUUUCAUUUCAAGGAAUACAUAUUAUAAACGACUUAGAUCAUGAGCAAGAGUAAAGUAAGAAUUUCAAGUUCUCAUUUGGUUCUACACAUGUAUUUGAGAUAUGGAGAACACCUGAGAAGCCUUGAUAUCAAAAUAAUAGUUUUGGGAAGAUACCUGAGAAAUCUAUAAUAUAGCAUUUCUAAAAAAUUAAUACCUCUUNGAACAAGCAANCCCAAUUAUCUUAUUAAAGGUAGAGGUGGGGGGAGGCAGGUGACNCAGAAGGAAGUAUACCAACGUGAUGAAAGGUUCAUC